AUGGAUCAAUUUGUAGUUAAAUCCAAGCUUCCCAGCCACGAAAUACCAAACAUAUCAGUCGGCGAGUACUUCUUGCAGAAUAUUACUCGAAACAUCAAUGAAAACCCUCAGAGAAUUGCCUUUAUAAACUCAGAGAAUGGCACUAAAACCACCUACUCUGAGUUCCAAAAAGAAGCACUUCAUGUGGCCUCCAGUUUACUUUCUGACGACCUUUUACUCAGCUCAGACGACUUGGUAAUGUUCUUCGGCGACAACAGUUUACAGUAUGUGAUACUUAUUGUGGCGAUGGCUUACCUGGGACUGCCUGCUACGCCUGCAAAGUCAGCAAACGGGUGCUUUGAAGUGGCUCAACAACUUGUUGACUCUAAAGCAAGCGUGCUCUGCAUAUCUGCAAGUCAACGACACUUGGCAACUAUUCAACAGGUUUCAGAGCAGCACCCAACGGCACUUGAGCAUCUUAAAGUGAUCAUCCUUAUAGACGGUGGUGAUGAAACAGUGGCUGAUACUUUAAAGGAAAGUCUUAAAAUGAAGUCGAUCACCACCUACCAGAAGCUACUUGAGCACUCAAAAGAUGCCCUUCCAUUGGCGACAAUCCCUCACUUUAGCGUGGAUCCCCAAUCGGGUACAUACGCAAUCAUUUAUACUAGUGGAAGCUCUGGUUUGCCCAAGGGAGCAAUUCACAGUCAUCGCUCCUUUCUGGCAGCCAUACUGGCAAUGCAGGCGUCCAAGGUCUUCAUCGACUCUCACCAAGCGGUCGUCAGCUUCAUCUAUCCCGGUGUGAAGGUGCCUGAAAUGGUGUCCAGUAGGCUGAGAAAUCGUUACAACGCUGAAGUUCACGAGUUGUAUGGGCAAACGGAGUUUAUGGGCGGUGUCUCCAGUAUGCUGUCUGUCUAUGAGCCCGGAAACGUUGGCGAGCCGUUGCCCAAUGUAGAGAUGAAGAUUGUGCACCUGAGCACUGGUUUUUCGCUUCCGUCAGGAGAGGAAGGUGAAAUCUGCUUACGCGGCCCUAACUGUUUUCUUGGCUAUUUAAACAAUGCCAAAGCGACCGCUGAGGCGAUUGAUACUCAAACUGGCUUCUUCAGAACGGGAGAUGUGGGUUACGCCGAUUCUCGAGGUUGUCUUUUCAUCACUGACCGUAUUAAGGAGCUGAUCAAGUACAAACACUGGAGCGUUUCACCUGCUGAGAUUGAAGUCUUCUUGCAGACUCAUCCCUCUGUAGUAGAAGCCUGUGUGGUUGGCGUGAAACACGCUACAGAGGGCGCCCACUUGCGUGCUUAUGUGUUGCUGAAAAACAAAGGAGAGAAUGGCAGCAUGGUCACUGAAAAGGAAAUCGCUCAAUACGUGCAAGAUAACAUGGGAUACCAGAAACGACUUAAUGGUGGUGUGCAUUUUGUCGCCUCUAUUCCACGCACUAUCAUCGGCAAGAUUGAUCGACAGCAUUUCAAGAACCUGGUCAAAGGAGAGGUGCUCAUUGAAAAGGCUGAAGCAGAAAAAUAA